AUGGCAAAUGAAAUGCCACCAUCAUAUAAUCAAGCAAUGGAUGAAACUAAAAAGGGAGAAACAAACUUGUCUUUUGACGGUGAUCUUAUUCACAGAUCACAGGAAAUCCCUAUCGCAACCCAACCAGAGAGUCAAUAUUUUGAAGAACAACGGACAGUAAGGACUAGCAAUGGUCACACGCAAAUCUAUGUUGUCCAAAGCAUGGGGUCAGAUCAGGGAAUUCAUUUUCGAUAUCCCCAGAGGAUUUAUUGCGACCAGUGCCAACGAACUGCAAUCACUCGAACGACAGAAGCAGCUCAUGCUCCUCUUUCAUUCCUUCUUUGUUUCACAAUGUUCUUGUGCGGCUGUUGGCCUUGCUGCUUCAUUCCAUUUUGUUGCAGGUACAUGCGAGACAUCGAGCACUAUUGCGGAAACCCAAGUUGUGGAAGAUAUAUUGGUACUUAUCGUGCUGAAUGCUAA